AUGGUUGCUCAAAAAAAGCAGAAAAAGGCUCUUGAGAGCAUCAAUUCAAGGCUUGCUUUGGUGAUGAAAUCAGGAAAAUAUGUACUUGGCUUCAAACAGACGUUGAAAACACUUCGCCAGGGAAAGGCAAAGCUAAUCAUAAUCGCCAAGAACACUCCUUCUUUGAGGAGGUCAGAAAUUGAAUACUACGCUAUGUUGGCAAAAACUGGCGUUCACCACUAUUCAGGAAACAACACAGAACUUGGAACAGCCUGUGGUAAAUACUUCCGAGUCUGCACUCUCUCAAUAACUGAUCCUGGGGAUUCUGAUAUUAUUAGAUCCAUACCUUCAUCCGAGGGUGCUCAGUGA